CGUGACUCCCUUCGUGUGUCACAUACCAUUACUCACCGGAGCUCCAGCUCGCCCAUCACCACCACUACCGUCCUCACAAGAUCUUCAACCACAACAGAAGCCGGCCCUUAGACCAAAUUGCACACGAUGGCUUCCUCCGAGCUCCCCGUCUUCUUCUUCGAUAUAGACAACUGCCUCUAUUCACGCAACAAGAGAGUGCACGACAUGAUGAAAGACCUGAUCCGCGCCUACUUCCGGGAGCAUCUCGAAUUGACACCGGAAGACGCCCAAAACCUCCACGAACACUACUACGAACAAUACGGACUAGCGAUCGAGGGCCUCGUCCGUCACCAUAAGAUUGACCCGAUAGACUACAACCGCAAAGUCGAUGAUGCGUUGCCGCUCGAGGACGUGCUGUCGCCCGAUCCCGCGCUAAGAGAACUGAUUGAGGCGAUCGAUACGACCAAGUGCAGGCUGUGGUUGUUUACGAAUGCCUACAAAACGCAUGGACACCGGGUGAUCAAGCUGUUGGGGCUUGAGGGGCUCUUUGGGGGGAUGACGUUCUGCGACUAUGAGGAGUUCCCGCUGAUGUGUAAACCGAAACCCGAAGCCUACGAGAGAGCAAUGCGUGACGCCGGCAUCGCCGACAAGAGCAAAUGCUACUUCAUCGACGAUAGUGCCUGGAACUGUCAAGCAGCGCUAGAAUACGGAUGGCCGCACGUGGUCCACAAGCUGGAGCCCGAAGACUCCGACCCCGAAUUCGCACACGGGAAGCACCACAUCCGGGAUAUCUCGGAGCUGAAAACCGUCUUCCCGGAGAUCUUCAAGCCGUAGGCAGACACGUAUACUGUACCAGUAGAUGAAUGCAUAGAAUCCUCUUUCUUGUGA